AUGCGAUCCCACGUUGUGGCCAUGCUGCUCCCGCUCGGGCUGAAUGCCUUCGACCUCCACGCCCAGGUGCCACUCCUGGGUUCCAACGAAGGCGCUCCGUCACGCUGCCCGACAGUGCGUCAACGCCUGGACAACGCCCUCGCCCGCGUCGAGGGAAUCCAGCACAUUGGGGGCACUGCUGGCAUGUCCGUCGGCGUCAUGAGCCACGGCCAAGUGCUUCUCCAGCACAGCUACGGGUUUGCAGACGUCGAGACGCGCGCCGUGGCCAACGAAACGACGCGCUAUCCAUUGGGUUCCCUAACAAAGGCCUUCGUGUCGGCCACCGUCGCGCAGCUCGUCCACGACGGCGUCCUGAGCUGGGAAAGGCCCCUGUCCGAAUACCUGCCGGAGCUCUCGUUCCAGUCCGAUCCGGCACUGGCGGGACGGUUAACCUUGAUCGAUCUGCUUUCUCACCACACCGGCCUCGCGCGCCUUGACGCCCUGUGGCUGGGCGCUAACAAUGAAGUCGUGAUAACCAACAAUUCCACCAUCGCUGUCUGCAACCACUUAUCCUCGGUAUACCCACUCCGUUCCAAGUGGCUGUACAACAACUGGAUGUACGCGCUUGCCGGCGAGGUGAUAGAACGUGUAGUACGAAAGCCAUGGGGUCAAGUGCUGGAGGAGCGCGUACUCCAGAGAGUCGGCCUCUCUCAAACAUCCGUCCUCGGCUCCCGCAUUCCUCCCGACUCCACGGCACUGCCCUACAUCAUCGCCGACGACGCCGCUCCGCUGCGCAUUGGAGACCUGGGCCUUCUCCAGGGACACCUGAUGUCCUCUGCUGGCGGGGUUCGAAGCACAGUCCACGACAUGCUCGCCUGGGGCAACGCACUCCUUUCAGCCUUUCGACAGGGCGAGCCUCCCGUCGAGCAGAUAGGCACCAUGCUCUCCGGGCAGAGUUUUAUGAACAAGUCCGCUGUCUCGGAUGAGCUAUACGCGCUGGGCUGGGGCAAGGUCAUGACACCAGCGCAAUUCGGCAAGAUAGGCUUCAACCCGGGGCUCGUCAAGGGCGGCAUGCCCGUCCUCGGCGUCGGCUCAGAGCCUCAGCGCGUCUUCUAUCAUAACGGAGGAUUACCAGGCUACAACCACUGCAUCAUGCUCCUCCCUGCUCAGCAGGCCGUCAUCAUCGUUCUCACAAACUCCAUCUCCCGAGGGGAUACCGCCGACUGGGCAGCCCAGACGCUCCUCCAGGCUGUGGCGGGCUUCACGAAUCCGGUGGACUUGGCACCAGUCGCGAAAGAGGCGGCAAAGACCUGGAGUACAACCUACCAGAGGAUGGCCGAGACUCUUGACAAGCACCGCUCGCCAGGCACGAAGCAACCUCCAAAUCAGGAGUUGGUCGGACAGUUCCGGCAUACGACUGGGGCAGUCUUUCUCCGGGUUUUCGAGGAGGGCGGUGCCCUCAAAUUCAACAUCAAUGGAAGUGGAGAGCAAAUCCAUGUCUUGUCGCACUACCACAAGGACACAUUCAUCUUCCUGCCCUCUGCUGAGGAAAGGACUCGACGCGGCUUAUUCCAUUACGCGACAAAUGCGUGGCUGUUACACUUCAUGAGAGAUUCGGAUGGGAAGAUCAACCACAUCGUAUGGAAUCUUGACGACCAAGUGCCUGAGGGUGAACAUUUUGUUCGGCAUUGA